UCUCUCUCUCUCUCCGCACUCUCUCCGCACUCUCUCUCCUGCCAUAUAGGACCCACAGUCUUCUUGGGGCGAUGCCAUCCACACAGAUGCACUCACGUCAGGACAGGUCAGGACAGGACAGGUCAGGUCAGGCGACCUACCUUAGCGCCAACGUCCAAUAUGAGAUGCCAUGCCGUCCAUCGUCAGUACGCAGUACGGUAGAGGCAGCCCAAAAGGGCCUCCUUUCCCAUGUCCUUGAUCCCCCGUUUGGGCACAUAUUGACAAUGCAAUCGAUGAGAAUCCGGGGUUCUUGCAGGGACGCCCUCCCCUCCUCUCACCGCAUGCUGUACGACUGCACUACAUUUACCAAAACCUCAACGUCGGACACCUACCACCCCCAUGUCCAUGAGGUGCGAGACUGCCGGCGUUGUCCUCCCUGGAUGAUGCGACGCAGUCCGCGUCGGGGGCCAACUGAUAUGUACGUCGAAGGGGGACAUGGUGUUUCUUCACGUUGGGGCGGCCAUGUCGUGUUAAAUGGAAGCUUAGCCCCCAUCACUAUCAUCAUCACUAGUUCUCUUCAAAGAUUAAAAAGAAGAAGAAGAAGAAGAAGAUGAUGAUGGUGAUGAUGGAGAUGAUAAGCAAGAGAUGCUUGCGUGUACACGGAU